AUGGUCUGUUCGGCUGCCCCCCUGUUGCUCCUGGCCAUGACUCUUCUCCGGCUGGGGUCACCAGUUGAUGGAACACCCCAACCUAAACAGAGUCAGGCUGGAGGAGGAUCUGGACAGCACCUGUACCAAGGCAGUGGAGCAGGGGAGUUCGCCCUGGUUUCUGUCUAUGUAAAUCUGGACUUUUCAGACAAGACUUGGCCACUGGCACUGUCCAGAAACCUGACCCUCCCCACUGCCUCGGCUUCCUCUUCCCCAAGAACUCUCACUGGCCUCAAUCUCACGACAGAGUGUAAUGUCGACCACGAGGGGUCUGUCCACUGUGCUUGCCUCUCUGGGUACCAAUGGAACGCCAGCGUCUGCUCCCGUCACCAGUCCUGCCAACACGCCCACAACCAUCAGCAUUGUAGCUGUCUUGUCUUCAGCCAUCCUGAACCUGGGUACUGCCAGUUGUUGCCACCUGGUGAGGAAGUCCCUCCUCCUGUCUUCUGCCUCCCUGCAGUCCCCGGGACCCUGAGCCUGAACUCCCAGCUGCAGAUGCUUGGCAACACACUGAACCUGACUCUGCUCCUGAACCAGGAAGUCACCAACCUGCACUGGUUCCUGAGGCAACCACAGAGCCCCAGCCCCAUCCCCCUGCAUCCAGGGACACAGGUGUCCCUGAGCUCCAGCCAGGGUCAGGCUGUCCUGAGCAUCUCCAACAUGUCCUACCACUGGGCAGGUGAGUACAUGAGCUGCUUUGAGGCCCAGGGUUUCCAGUGGUACCUGUACCAGGUGGUGAGGGUGCCCUUGAGGAAGACAGAUGUGGCUCGACUUCCAGACCAGCUCUCCAUCUCCUGUGCCACCUCCCCUGGUUUCCAGCUGAGCUGCUGCAUCCCCAGCACAAACCUGGCCUACACUGUUACCUGGAGCCCCAGAGAGGGCAGCAGAGCCUCCUCCUUCAACACGUCUGGCUUUCAGUGCUUUGUGCUGGCCGUUCAGCACUGCCCGGCCAUUGACACCAUGUACACUUGUGACCUCCAGAGCCUGGACCUGGAUGCUCUCAGGAUUCCUAUCUUCAUCACCAUCAUCCAGGAUGGAGACAUCACCUGCCCAGAGGACUCCUCGGUUGUCACCUGGAAUGUCACCAAGGCUGGCCACGUGGCACAGGCCCCAUGUCCCAAAGACAAGAGGGGUGUGAUGAAGAGGCCCUGCGGGCCCGACGGGGUCUGGGGACAUGUCCAUAGCAACUGCACAGACGUGAGGCUCCUGGCCUUGUUUGCUAGAGCCAAGCUGCUGCUGGCAGGCCAGGGCAGUCCUGACAAGGAGGUGCCACAGAUCUUGGAACAACUGCCAGGGCAGGCGGUAGUGGCAAGCUCACCCUCUGACUUACUGACACUGCUGGCCACCAUGAAUUAUCUGGCCAAGGUGGUAGCAAAGACCAGAAUACAGCUUAACCACCGUGCCCUGGAGGAUCUCCUGAGAACAGCAGACAAGGUUCUGGACAUGGACACCAGUUUUCAGUGGACCCUGGCCCGGGCCCGGAAGCCCUGGGCGGGCUCCAAUCUCCUGCUGGCUGUGGAGACCAUGGCAUGCAGCCUGAGCCUACAGGAUCAGCCCUUCAACUUCAGCUUGCCCAACGUGCUGCUGCAGAGCCAGCUCCUUGAGCCCCCAGUUCCUGCUGACUACAGAGUAUACUUCUCCAUUCAGCCCCCACUGCAGGCAAAGAUUCCUGGGCACUCACUGGCCUCGCUGGUCCAUAACAGAACCAAGUUCAGUAUUACUAGUCUGGUGCUGAGAAAGCUGGACCACCUGCUGCCUGAAAACUAUGGCCAAGGGCUGGGGGACUCCCUCUACGCCACGCCUGGUCUGGUCCUCGUCAUCUCCAUCACAGCAGCCAGCCAGACCUUCCACCAGGGAGAGGUCAUCAUGGACUUUGGGGACACAGAUGGCACCCCUCAUUGUGUCUUCUGGGAUCACAAACUCUUCCAGGGUAGGGGGGGUUGGUCCAAAGAAGGGUGCCAGGCGCAGGUGGCCGGUGCCAACCGCACCACUCAGUGUGUCUGCCAGCACCUCACUGCCUUCUCCACCCUCAUGUCUCGACACACUGUUCUAGAAAAACCUUCCCUGACGCUGCUGACUCAGGUGGGCUUGGGGGCUUCCAUACUGGCGCUGCUCGUGUGCCUGGGCGUGUACAGGCUGGUGUGGAGGGUCGUGGUGCGGAACAAAGUUGCUUACUUCCGCCAUGCUGCCCUGAUCAACAUGGUGCUCUGCUUGCUGACCGCAGACACCUGCUUUCUGGGAACCCACCUGCUCCCUCUGGGGCCCCGCAGCAAGCUCUGCCUCGCUGCUGCUUUCCUCUGUCACUUCCUCUACCUAGCCACCUUUUUCUGGAUGCUGGCGCAGGCCCUGGUGUUGGCCCAUCAGCUGGUCUUCGUCUUCCAUCAGCUGUCCAAGCAGCGAGUUCUCCCCCUGAUGCUGCUCCUUGGCUACCUGUGCCCACUGGGCUUUGCAGGUGUCACCCUGGGCCUCUACCUACCUCGUGGGCAAUACCUGAGGGAGGGAGAAUGCUGGUUGGAUGGGGAGGGAGGGGCACUCUACAUCUUCGUGGGACCAGUGCUGGCCGUUGUGGGUGUGAACGGUCUGGUACUAGCCAUGGCUGUGCUGAAGUUGCUGAGACCGUCACUGUCAGAGGGGCCCCCGGCAGAGAAGCGCCAGGCUCUCCUGGGGGUGAUCAAAGCCCUGCUCAUUCUCACACCCAUCUUUGGUCUCACCUGGGGGCUGGGCCUGGCCACUCUGUUAGAUGAAGUCUCCACGGUCCCUCAUUACAUCUUCACCGUUCUCAACACCUUCCAGGGUGUCUUCAUUUUACUGUUUGGUUGCCUUAUGGACAAGAAGAUCCAAGAGGCUCUGGGCAAACGCUUCUGCCGCACCCAUGCUCCCAACUCCACCAUCUCCCUGGCCACAAAUGAAAGCUAUGUCUUGGAACACAGCAAAGGAGGAAGUGAACCUGUCAGGUGA